CGAACUAUACUGCUGACGUGCCGGAACGGUCACAAAAUUGUUUACGCAUAGAAAAUAUUAAAUAGUGGAAAAUCUCAGCAUGUUGGAUAUACAGACACACAUGGACUUUGUUGGUCAGGCAAAAGCUGAACGCUGGUCGCGGCUAAUAAUUACUGUCUUUGGAGUAAUUGGCCUUAUCUACGGCGCAGUGGUGCAGCAGUUCUCCCAAACUGUUUAUGUGUUGGGCGUGGGCUUCCUGCUCUCCGCCUUGAUUACAAUUCCACCCUGGCCCAUAUAUCGUCGCAAUCCCAUGAAAUGGCAGAAGCCAGUUCUCACAGAUCAGAAGACAAAAGAUCCGAAGACAAAAGAUCAGAAGACAAAAACUAGUGACUCCAGCGAUGAGAAAGAAAAGAAGAAGAAGAAAUAGGCAUUUAGAUAAAGUUAAAUUCAGUUUUUAUUGCUCGCGUUUAAUAAAUUAACACAUCUCUAUAUGGGA